GUGCUGGGGCAGGGGCAGUUGGGCUGGGGCAGGGCUCUCCAACCGCCCUGGAUGUGGAACUGGAGCCUGGCAACUGCCAGAACGGCCGAUGGAGCCCCCACAGGUGGCCCAGGAGUUUGGACUGAGCCAGCAGUUCCCUUCCCACAUGUUUCCUCAACAGGGACUUUCCUCAAGAGCCCCUGAGGCAUGGCAGGAGGCAAAAGAACACAAAGAACGAUCCCGGAGUGGCGCAGAUAGAGCGAGCCGUAAACGGAAAGCAGGAAGCCUUGGAAAUGUGUCCGGGACAAAAGCGGAAACACCAGCAGAGAGCGGCACAGGGCCAUUCCCGAGCGCUCCGCUUCGCAUCCCUCUCUCUAGGCUCAGGGAAAUAGAAGCGGAGCUGAUUUGCGCCGACGAGGCGGACGCUGAGUUUGAGUCUGGCGAGCCGGUGGCGCCAGCAGUGCCACCAGCAGUGCCACCGGCAGCGGCUCAGCCCCCUGGCCAAGCCCCAGGGGACAGCCGGUGGCACCGGGCUGGGGCAGGGCUGCAGGCAGCCCUGCGGGAAGGCAGCGCUCGGUGCCGGCAGCGGGAUUUUGCAGCGGCUGCGGCCAAGUUCUCCAUGGCACUGGAGCUUUGCAGUAAAGGCUUUGCUAUAGAGGAUCCCUUGAAAUCCUCCCCAGAUGACAUUUCCAGGCUUGCCAGUUGGAUCGAGUCAAAGCUCGUCGUCUGCUACUUAAAACUGGAGCAGCCUAGUCUUGCUCUGCAUCAUUCACACAGGAGCAUCAUUCAGAAUCCCUCUCACUUCUGCAAUCACCUGCGCCAAGCCACUUGCUUUCGGUGCCUACACAGAUACUCGGAGGCUGCCAGGAGUGCCAUGGUCGCGCAGUGUCUGUAUGUCCUGGCUGAAGGUGCGGGGCUGGAGACCAGUGACCUCCUCCAGCUGUACUGGCAGGCUAUGAUUCAAGAAGCCAUCCGUGGAGAAAGUUCUUUUUCGGCUCUGUAUACACCUUUUGAGAAAGAGGACAAGGCUGACAAAAUAAAAGAGGCAAACAAAACCUUUGCUGAGAAGCACCCUGACUAUGUGCAGCACAUAUUUACAGAUCCUCAUGGAAUUCACCUGUUGCCAGAGAAGGCUGAAUCUCAUCCUGACCAGCAGUACUUACUGACUCUGGGCUUUAGAAACAAAGAGAUUGGAAAAACUGUGGAGAAGUUUGUAACUCGAAAACUGCCAGUCUUUCCAGGACAGAAAAUAACUUUCAGUCCCAGCAUGGAGGAAGCAGCAGAAACAUUUUGGCAGAACACUGGGGAAAGGAUCAUGGCAGCCAUGGCUUUUCUAGGAAGCACCAAGAUAAAGGAUGAGCGUGGCCCGUGUGCACAGGCCAUUGAGCAGUUCCAUCAUGCCAGCCUGCUCAGCCACCUGCAGAGAGGGGAGGAACAGGCCCAGGUAAUAACCCAGGCGAUGGCUGAGCUGGCAACUGUUCCCUACCUGCAGAGAGUCUCUGAGGAGGAUGACAAGCUGCUGCAGUCACUGAUGGCAGAUGCCAUGGACAUCCUGGCUGAAAGAACUGGAGAGCGUGUGUGGACUAAAAUACAGAAGGUGGCACUAAUUGAAGAGUACUUGAGGGAAGGAGAAGAGCAUUACUUAAGAACUCCACAUGUGCAAAUACCUGGAAUGGAAAACAUCAACUGGACUCCAAGGGGACAGAAAUACUUGAGACUGGAAAAUACAAACAUGUUCAUUCCCAACCCACGAAGCUUAACCACAGGUCCAAAAAAAAGACACAUUGUUUUUGCAAAAAGUUGAUUUUGUAGGUAUUUUGUAGCCAUUCAUACCAAUUUGAUAGAUGUUAAUCUUAUUUUACAUUGUAUUAACUUGAAGUUGUAUAAAUUUAAAUUGUAGCCAAUUGUAUUAAACUAUAUAAAUUGAACUUGUAUUACCUUAAAUUUAAGUGGUAUUAAGUAGUAUUUACUUGCAUUAACUUUAAAUUGUAUGAAUUUAAACUUGUAUUAAACUGUAUUUAGUUCUAUAAAUUUAAGUUGUAUUACUUUAAAGGGUAUUGAACAGUAUUUGCUUGCACCAGCUUUAGGUUGCAUGAAUUUAAAUUCUAUUAAAUUUUAUUUAAUUGCAUAAAACUAGGUUGUAUCAGUUUAAAUUUCAAUUACGUUAAAUAGUAUUUACUUGCAUUAACUUUAAGGUAUAUGAAAAAAGGCUUAAGUUGCAUUCAAUUAGAUUUACUUGUAUUAAUUUUAAAUUGCAUGAAUUUCAAUUUAAAUUGCAUUUAAUGUAAACUUUUAAACUGUAUUUGUUUAAAUGUCAGCUGUAGUAAAUGGUCUUUAAUGCUUUAAAAUGUGAGUUGUACAAAUUUCAAUUUAAAUUUUACUCAGAUGUGUUAAACUUUACUGCACUGUAUUUAAUUUAACAUUGCCAGCAACACCAAUCUGCUGCUCUGAGCCUACCCUGUGUCCAAGCUCUGUCACAUCCUGCUGGCCUGACCACGGCCCGAGCAGUUCUGGACGCAGGGAUCCCCCAUCCUCAGCUGGGCACAGCAGAGCCUCCCUCGCCUUCCCCGAGUCACCCGGACCGUCCCAAGGGGAAAAGUGGCCCUGAAGGCUGCGGGAGCUGCAAGGGCAGGGACACAACAGGAGGGGGAAAGGAGAAAGCAAAUGCGGAGCCCAGCUGCUGGGCCGGGGUUGGGCUGGCAAGUCCUUUGUUCUCCUCGGUGCCCCAAGGGCGGCGUUUGCCCGCACUGGACGGGAACUGGCGCCAAGCGGGGCACAAACCCUGCAGGGAGAAGAAGAGCUGCCCUUGCCUUCUCCGGGCUCCUCUCGGCCUCAGGACUCCGCCCCACGUCUCUACCUGUCCCGGGGACACGUCUGGCACGGUUCGGGUUCUCAGGGCCCCGGAGCUGUCAGCAGGGAGCAAAGGACAGCUUUUCCCCGGAGAUCACCCGAGCAGCUGAUGCUCCACCUGCAGCCCCAGCUCAUGGGUGCGGUCCCUGCUGAGCCUGAGCUGCCUUUUGGCCACGGCGUUUUUGCAAGGGAAGAACCUCACUCAUCCUUACAGAAACCACAUUCUGUCAUGGCAUUUUCUGAUUCAAGGGGAAUUUUAAAGCAAAAAGACAGAAAGAAAGGCAAAAUCCAGCACCAGGCCAAAGACUGAAUGAAAAGUCCAGGGCCUAAAAGGUAUUGAACCACUUAAUUCCCAUGAUCUUUUAUCACAGACAGGAGUCUCAACCCCACAGAUUCUCAGCUGCCAGAGACCAUUUUCCCAGGUUCUCAGAAAAGAUAUGGAAAAACUAAGAAAGAACUGGCAAACCCUUGGUGCUCCUUUGCUCAUUGUGCAAGGAGUAAAGUAGAAAGAAACAGUUUUGCAAAAAUCUGAGCUCCUUAAACAUGCAGAACAGAGAGAGGAACUCUUUGGAAAUGACAUUAUUUUGCCACGGAGUUGGUUUUAUCAGGUGGGGUUUUAUGACACCCAGUGGCAAUGAUCAUCCAUGACGGGCAGAUCUGCACUAACGCACAAAGAUGUUCUUCACAGAUCACAGAGUCACAACACAGACUUUGGAAAAUCCUAAACAAAUCCUCUUAGUUGGAGAUGAUAUCUAUAUAACUUGGGUCAAAGUUACAAGAUGCUUAUAUAGCUUGAGUUAUAAGAUACCAAUAUAAACUAAAUCAUAACUUUCUAUACAAUGUAUAGCUUGUAUAUGGUUAAUUAGUUGCUUAAUGCUUAAAUAAACAGAAACUCACUAGGUGAAUAAUCUCAAAAAUAGACAAGCAUAGCUAUAUUGAGAAGCAGCAGGAUGUACUAAUGAGAAAUUGGCAAAUGUAAAGCAAAUUAGCCACAAAAUGGAGAAUUUAGACCAUUUGCACCCAGAAAGACCAAGGAACACCAUAACUGUGCAUGCUCUGAAGACAAAGUUGAAAUGUUCAGGAAGACCUUGAGUCUUCAUCAAAGAAAACACCCAAGACCACCUAAAUUUGGCAUGUGCAAGCACAGUACAGAAGAACUAUUUAUAACUAUGAGAUAACAUUAUGUAAGUUAGCUCUGACGUGUACAUGACGAUGUUAUAAUGACAUUGCAAUAUUAAGCAAUAAUUACUGUAUAAAUAAACUACAGCACAUGACAAAUGUGGGUGAGUUAGGUGGAGAUAUCCCACUCCCCAUCAGCACUGCAAUAAACAGGUACCUGCUCUAUAGACAUCUGUCUGUGGGGAUUUAUUUUCAGCCUUUUUCAGGCAACAGAGGCAAGUGGCCUUAUGAUGCUGCAAUACUUAAUCCCUUCCAAUAGUUACAGCGAACUCUGAGAGAUCCCAGAAGGUUGUUUUUCCAGAACAAGCCCCAAAGAGACACAGUGUGGAGCGGAGGUGCCUCCCCCUUGCGAGGAGGCUCCAUGAGCAGCACCAGCAGCCCCGAGGGCCCAGCUCCUGCCGCAGGUGUUUGUGCCCCAGACACACUGCCUGGCCAGGCAGCCUAGGAGCUGCACAGCAACAAAAGCUUUUCAUGACCCCACAAAAAAGUUUAAACCAACUUUAAAUUCAAGUGUCUUGAAAGAAUCCCAGUCUAAUAGACACUGUCUGUAAAACAUCAUACAGCACAUGGUGCUGUACAGUUUCCCACUGGAUCUGUGAAAAUGCUUCUACCAGUCUCCCUCAGACUUUUCCCUCCAAGCCCAGCUCAGCCCAGGUCCAUGUCCAUUUUCAGGGAAAACGGGAAUCAGCUACCUCGAGCACCCGCAGGCCCAGCAAGGCCAAGGCCGGGCCGGGCCACUCCCUUCAGGCCCCUCUAUGGAUGCGGUGCUCUCUCACGAUUGACACCUGGUUAAAAGAGCUUCCAUAACCUCACCCGGGUC